AUGGCAAAUGCAACUCAAUACUUGGAGGAGAAUUAUCCUAGUUCAAACAGGACAUCGAUUACUAAUUUAGACUUAAGUAAUAAAAAUUUUGUUGGUGAUUUAACAAUAAGUGGAUUUGUUAAUUUACAGAAGUUGAAUUAUUCUUUUAAUAAUUUCAAUGGUGAAAUUACAUUGAAGAACUAUCAAAAUCUAGAAGAUAUCGAUAGUUCUUACAUCAAUACUUACGGAAGUCACAAUUAUGACUAUAUGACUAAACUUAAAAGGUUAAAGCUCUCUAAUAAUCUGAUCAGUAGUCUAAUACUUGACGGAUCAAAAAAUCUUGCUUAUCUAGAAUGUAAUAGUAAUUCACUUACCGUUUUAGAUUUAACUAACAGUGAGAAUUAUGUAGAAGUGAAUUGUUCUAAUAAUCCAACUCUUUCGGAAAUAAAAUUUCCCGAUAGUUUUGAUAAUGUUCUUUUUGACUGUAGAGACACUAGCUUGACUCAAGUGAAAUUUCCUAAUUCUUCGGUGUUUGAUUCUACGGCAACACCAACCACUAACAAUCAUCUAAGUUUAAAAAUUGGUCUCAGUGUUGGUAUUAUUUCCAUUUUUUUACUUGGACUAGUAACUCUUUUAUGCUACAAGUAUAGAAAUAGGAGACAAGGAACUUCAGUAUUGCAAAUACCAAGUAGUGGUGAUGGUAAUAGAAAUCAAGUUUCACAAAAUAAAGAACAAGAAGCUCAGGAAUUAAAAAUGUCAAAAAGGAAGAUAUAA